UGUUUCUCCAAUGGCUUCCUUAGAAUCUUCAGGUUUAAACGCUGAAGCUCCCGAAUUUCACCCCAGCAACCACGUGCAAAAACUUCACCCUCCAUACCUCACUUUCCAUCCUCUCAUACAUCAACCUUCUUACCCUUUUAUCUAUUACUCCCCCACUCCCUCAAAACAUGAUUUUCAUUCAUCAACUUACUUUUCCUUUCGCUUUCAUACAAACCACCGUCUCACCACCGCAACUCCAUCUUUUCCACCAUUUAGCGGUAUGCAAAAAGAAUUAGCGGUGCAGGCGGCAGCUACCGAGAGUAAUGAUUCCAAACAGGUUUUAAGUGAUGGAGAAAUGACAGACCGUGGUUCUCCCACAUUGAGAAUCCCAAGGCUUGAGUGGAGGCAGAAGGGAGUAGAUGUUUCUGAAAAAGUACCUGAACUUAAGAAAGAGAGUUCGAGAAAGAAUCAUCACAAAAAAUAUGUUAAUAUUUAUGAACAACUACACUCUAAGGCUUCCAUCGACAGGAAGAAUAAAGGAAGCGUUUUUCCUGUGGUUCCCGUUCGUCUAGACGGAGAUGAAACAACUGUUAUGAUCAAAAACAUUCCUAACAAGUAUACUCGAGACAUGAUAGUGAAGUUCUUAGAGAACCAUUGCAUGGUUGAAAAUGCAAAAGAUCAAGAGAAUGGAGAAGAAAACACUUUCUCCUUUGAUUUUGUCUACUUACCAAUAGAUUUCAGAACUGGACUGAAUAAAGGAUAUGCCUUUGUAAAUUUCACUAAGCCUAGUGCAGCUUGGAGGUUUGUUCUGACAGCAUCAAAUCAGAAAUGGGAAUUGUUCCUUUCCCACAAGAUACGUGAUGUGGUUGCCGCACGCCUCCAGGGAAAAGAGAAACUGGAGAAACAUUUCGGAAGUGUGAAUUUUCCCUGUGAGUCCGAAGAAGUUCUUCCACUGUGCUUUAGUCCACCUCGGGAUGGUGUAAUCAAAGGAAGCCAAAGGACAUUGGGGAGUCUUCUCUAUAAGCCUCAGUAGUUUUUUAUUAUCAUUUCAUGUGUUAUCGUAUAUGUAGUUAGGUUUAAACAGGGUAUGAACUUUGUAAGAUCGAUAUAGUUGUAUUUUGUUCAUUCCACGAUACAGUUGGGUGGAGCUUGGCCACUUUAUCCCUUCAAUGGGUGGAGGGUUGUGUGGUGGGGUCCACCCUUCUUGUGGAUAACUAACCAGCUAGGAGGGUUUGGUUCACUUCAAUCUAUUUUCUGAUGUUUGUGUUUGUAGUGAUAUGAAAUUGGAUAUGAUGUUUGAUUGUA